AUGGUAACAAAGAGGACUAUUACAUCUUAUUUUGCUCCCAAAAAAAGAGAGAGAAUUGUUGAAGAUUCAGACAAUGCUGAACCAAUUGAGGUUAGUGAUAGAGAUGAGCCAAUUGUUGAACCUAAUGUUGAUUGCACUGCUAAUGAACAACCACCUAGUGAAGAGGGUGUUGGAGUUGAUUUUUUAAUGCGUGAUCCUGGUUUGCGUAAACAAAUUGAAACUUAUGAUUCUGAUGAAAAGGAUUUAAUUAGGAGAGAAUACAUUGAUUUUGGGCCAUAUCAACCUAAACUUGCUAAGUACCCAUACUCUGGUCCCGAAAAACAUCCACGUAGGUUUCAGAAAAAGGACAUGAUGAGCGUUCUAGCUCGAUUAAUCAAGGGAAUUUUUUUGGAGAUGUUAAAGCUUUUGGCAUCAUAUAAUAAAGAAGUUGAUUCUGUUGUUUUGGACAAUGCCCCAAAGAAUGCUAAAUACACAUCUCCACUAAGCCAAAAGGAGAUUCUACAUGUGUAUGCUAGUAAAGUGCAAAGUACUAUUCGUAAGGAAAUUGGUGAUGCUAAGUUUUGUUUGAUUGUUGAUGAAUCUAGAGAUAUUUCUAAAAGGGAACAAAUGGCUCUUGUCGUGAGAUAUGUGGAUAAAAGUGGCUUUGUGAGAGAAUGCUUCUUAGACUUGGUUCAUGUUAAAGACACAACUUCCAAAACUUUGAAAAAUGAGAUUUGUGCAGCUUUAUCUCAUCAUGAUCUAAGUCUUCAAAAUUUAGCACUUGUUGCUGCAGCAAGGGAAGUGCCUCAAAUCCAUACCUUCUUUCAACAAUUGAUUUUUGUUGUUAAUGUGGUUACAAGCUCUACUAAGCGACACGAUGAGUUACAAGAGACUCAGUUGGCAGAAAUUCAACAUCUAGUUGAAAUUGAGGGUCUUGAAACAGGAAAGGGUCUUAAUCAAAUUGGUACAUUACAACGACCUUGUGAUACAAGAUGGAGCUCACAUUACAGAUCAAUAUGUAGUUUGCUAAGAAUGUAUCGUGCUUCUCGGUCCGUUCUUGAUGACAUUGCUUCUGAGGGAACAACAUAUGCUCAAAGAGGUGAUGCUCUAAAUGGAGUCAAGUUGUUAAUGUCAUUUGAAUUUGUGUUUAACUUACAUGUGGUGAAGGAGAUUAUGGCCAUUACUGAUGGGCUUUGUCAAGCUCUACAAUUAAAGACCCAAGAUGUUGUGAAUGCAAUGCACUUGGUCUCCACUACAAAGACAUUACUUCAAAAUUUGAGAAAUGAUGGUUGGGUGAGUUUGUGGUCAAAUGUGAGACAAUUUUGUGAGAUAUAUGAUGUUGCUAUUCCUGACAUGAAUGCUCCUUCUUUUGAUGUGCUGAAAUCUAUUAGGCGACAAUCAAGACAAAAGGACAUUGUGACAAUGGAACAUCAUUACCGGGUGGAUAUAUUCUUUGCUGCCAUAGAUUGA